GCGAGGUCCGAGUUGGUCCGAGGUCCGGAGCCUCGGGAAGGGGCGAGCGGGACCAGGUCCGGGACGCGCAGACACCUGUGGCCUGCGGCGAGGCGGGCGGUCCCCAAGCCCUGGCGCCUCCUUAAAGCCUCGGCUCCGCCCCGCCCUCCCCCGUCCCCAGACGGUGGCUCCACCCAACCGCCGGGUCCCCGCCGCCGGGGCAGAGCGUCGCAGCGCCGCGAGCCGCCAGGAGCGCGCCGCCCGCCCAGUCCCCGCGCCGGGUCCCGAGUCCCCGAGUCCCUGACCCGCCGCUAUGGCCAGCGAGGAGCUGGCGCGCAAGCUGCAGCGGAGGCUGCAGCGGGAGCAGGCGCAGGAGGGCGGCCUGGAGCCCGCAUCACAAGCCGCCUUCGCGCCGGAGCCCGCACCCGAGCCCGCGCCCGAGCCGGAGCUGCCAGCCAGCGCGCCCACCGCCAGCGCGCCCACCGCCAGCGCCGACGCGGAGCUGAGCGCCCAGCUGAGCCGCCGGCUGGACAUCAAUGAGGGCGCGGCGCGGCCCCGCCGCUGCAAGGUCUUCAACCCCUACACCGAGUUCCCGGAGUUCAGCCGCCGCCUCAUCAAGGACCUGGAGAGGAUGUUCAAACUGUAUGACUCCGGCCGGGACGGCUUCAUUGACCUGAUGGAGCUGAAGCUGAUGAUGGAGAAGCUGGGGGCCCCGCAGACCCACCUGGGCCUGAAGAGCAUGAUCAAGGAGGUGGACGAGGACUUCGACGGCAAGCUCAGCUUCCGUGAGUUCCUGCUCAUAUUCCACAAGGCCGCUGCGGGCGAGCUGCAGGAGGAAAGCGGGCUGCUGGCCCUGGCAAAGCUGUCCGAGAUCGACGUGGCCCUGGAGGGCGUCAAAGGUGCCAAGGACUUCUUUGAAGCCAAGGUCUACGCCCUGUCCUCGGCCAGCAAAUUUGAAGCCGAGCUGAAAGCCGAGCAGGAAGAGCGGAAGCGGGAGGAGGAGAAGAGGAGACUCCGCCGGGCAGCCUUCCGGGAGCUCAAGGCCGCGUUCAGCGCGUAGUCGGGAGACCUGGACCUCCGUCCACAGCUGUGCCUCGCCGAUGCCCCGGGGAGAGCUGGCCGGGCAUCCUCACCUCAACUGACCCCUCGCCCCGACCCCAACCAGCCUCCACACCCCGUCCAGCGAACUCCUUAGCCUCAUUGGGGCAGCAGGGGGCGCUCUCACCCCCCGGGUGGCAGUCCCUCCGGGAGGGUCCUGGCCCAGCCAGCGGCUCUCCUUGCCUCUCUCUCUCCCGCCCACCUUCCUCUACCCUUCUCUACUCGGCCACGUGUACCUUUUCUUUGCUUCUUUACCGUCCACAUCAAAGAGUGGAAAUUGAUGGUAUGGAUACCUCUUUCUUGGGUGGUCCUUACAGGAGACAGUCCUUGGGGGCUGUGAGGUUAAGGCUGCCCAUUUUCUCGGGAAAUGCUCUCUCCUGCCCUCUGUUUCCCAUCCUGCCAUCCCGUUCUCCUUCUCAGCCGAUUCUGCCCGCCACCUUUGCAUCUUCGCCGUCCUUGAUGGCGGUGGUCAGGUGUAAGGCAGGCCAGGCUGGACCAGCGCCUGUCCCCUCUCCAGCGGGGGGCGUGGCAUGCUACAGAGAUGACACAAAAUAGGGAAAAGAUAAGUUCUGUUCCUUCCCCAUCACCCUUCCGCUGUCCCCUAGCACUCUUCCCCCCCCCCCAGGGCCACCCUCCUCACCCCCUUCACUCACGUCACCCCAUUUCAGCCCUUUUCCUACUCUCAAAUGCUGUGCUUCUUCCCUGUAAUAGUGAAGGAAUAGUCAGAAGUCAUAUUAAUGAGUAGAGGAAUUCCCGCUAACGCUGACUCUAUGCAAAUUGUAUUACAGCAGACCCCUGACAUUCCCGGGUGACAAACCUAGAGCCUUUUAAAGUCCCAAAGGUCAUGUCCAUCCAUCCCCACCGUGGAGAAAGUGUCUGACAGCGGCCGCAAGGCGGUGAAGCUGUUCUUACCUCCAGCGCACAUUUUUAUAUGUUGUGAGCUCUCGGGCUCGCACACAAAUGCCAGGGGUUUGUUGCCUUUUUAUCAAAUAAUUCCUAGUGUCGUAUUUAUUCUCUGGCGCAACUGCUGUCUUUACAAUUAAGAGAACGUCUGCAUUUUUACCUUGUAGCGAUUCCUUUUCAAAUAAACUGUGCACAUAGA